UUUUUCUUCGUUCAAUUCCGGUUCUAAAAAAUCUUUUUUCCCAAAACGAAAAGAAAAAACGUGCCCUAAAAAGGAACCACUCAAUUACCCACAUCACACACUCACUACGGCCGAAACGUCGUAGGCAAUGUCAUCCACCAGGAAAAUGUUCCGGUCUUGUCAUUGGCCUCGAUGGGCCCUUCCUUCUCGGCCCAGGCGAACUCUCUCGAAGUGGUCCGCCGGUCUUUCCACUGUCAAGACGACUGUCUCUCUUGGCCCAGCGUGGAUCCUCGCCACUACUCUGGAUCUAACCAGACCUGCAUUGGCUUAUCACAAACCGCCAUUCGGCCAUGUGCCUGGACCCCGAAGGCGGGCUGGUGGAGGGUUGCCUCUGCCCAGAGAAAUUUCGGGUGCUCUCGUCCGUUUGCAUAUAAGUUAACCUCGCGCCUGUCCGACUUGGCCUGCGUCGUGUCCAACGCCUCCUCACGGUCAUCUUCAUUUCCUUAGGGGUACCAAGAGUGCUUA